GUCAUCGAUGGAGAAGAAGCCGAGAGAAUAUCUACGAGUAACCCACCAAGAUUCCGACCGAAUCGCCCGACUCAGCAUCCCUCCGCAUCAACCUCAAGCCCUUCACAGCUUCUACGAGGAGUUCAACCUCAGAGGCAUACGACUCGACCGAUUCCAACCCGGAUUCGUCUCUUGCUCUUUCACAGUUCCCCCUCGCCUUACAGAUAGGAAUGGAAAUCUGGCAGUAGGCGCAAUUGCGAGCUUAGUAGACGAGAUCGGUGCAUCUGUGGUGUAUGAGAAGGAUGUACCUAUGAAUGUUUCUAUUGAUAUGUCUAUUUCUUACCUUUCUACAGCCAAGCUUAAUGAUGAAUUGGAGAUUAGCGCAAAGCUUCUUGGCAGAAAAGGUGGAUACCAUGGAACUGUUAUUUACCAUGUUGACCUUCCACAAGCAGCAUGGUUUAGUGCUGUUCCAUGGAGUAUGAUGGCAUUAGUAGGUUACUUUGCUGGUGUUUUUGCUAACAAAUUGAUUUCCGUCAACCAGAAGCCCAAAACGAAACAGCAGGAGUCCGUCGGAGCCGCCAUCGCCGCCCACAGCCACUACCCGACGCCACCUUGUUGCUGUUUCUUCCCCGACUCCUACAGUGAGGUAGCCAUCUUCGCUUCCUCCCUUCUCUACAGCAACAAACACCUUGAACCCAAGUGGGUAGCAGCGGCAGGUGGCUCCGCCACCUACUCCUUUGUUCUUCCGGCAUCGCUCGUCAAGGAAAAAAGGAAGGCGGUCGAAGCAGUGGGUCACGACAGGGGGAUGGCGGAGUUGGCUGAGAACGACAGUGGAGCCGGUGGUGCUCGCUCCGGCGACUCCCGCUGCUUCUGUUUAUUUCUUCCAGCGAGGUCGACGCGUGAGAGACGAGGGGAGGAAGGAGUAAGGGCCAGAGAUGUUUGGGGCUGCUGUACUCGACAAAAUAAACACGGUGGUGGUGGGUUUUUACCAUGGCAGCGGGGAGGGGAGGGGGGAGCUGCUCUAGUGGCCGGCAACGGUGGUUCUUGGUUGUAA